ACCUGGGGAAGGGGCCGGAUGGGGGUGGGGGAGCCUGCGGGGUGGGCGGGGCCUUGGAAGGGGCCGGCCCUGGGAAGGGGCCGGUUGGGGUGGGGCCUGGCGGACGGGGGUGGGCCCUGUAGGUGGGCGGGGGGUAGGCGGGGCCGACCUGCGGAGCCAGGGAGCCGGUCCACGUCCUGGGUCCGGCCGGCGGGUGGAUGGGUCUGGUGGUCCGACGAAGCAGGCACAAGACCUCCACACACCGAUGCAAGGUGUCUGCACCUGCGGGGCUCAGGCGUGCGCCUGUGCAGACGGACUCCUCCCACCGGCCCUGGGAUCCUGCCCGUUGUUCCGUGCGACCCGGCAAGCGUGCGGCACAGCCCCAAGUACUCAGAGUAGGGCCUGGAAGGGACCCCAUGUGGAGUCAGAGGGGCGGGGAAGGUGUUGGUGUCUCGGGGUGGGGGGUGUUCCCAGGGUGAGGUCCUGGGCCCCAGUCUGGGUGUGCAUGGCGGAGGAUAUGGCCGUGGGUCAGGGCGGGCCGGCCUCCCGCGUGCUCCCACCAGCUGUGGGUGGGCGGCUCUGUCUGCAGGGUCUUCGGAGACGCGGACGCCGGCCCCCGUCCUUAUCACCACAGGUCUCCCAGCCAGCGCUGGCCAGGGCCUUCAACCCACUGGGACUCUGCUGCCCCGCCCGUUCGCGUGUUCUCCUUGCAGGAGGAGCCCCCUCCUCAUCUUCCCCUUGCGGAGCCCAAGGGUUUUGCCUCCUUCCAUCCGGGCGACCCAACAGGCUUCCUCCAGUUGCAGCGCACAGGCUCCUCGUUGCGGUGGCUUCUCUCGCUGCGGAGCACGGGCUGCAGGAGUUCUUUAUAUAUUCUGGAGAUGGCUCUUCUGUUGAUUACAGUCAGUUCUCAAUAUUCUCAAAGUCGUGCUCUAUGUGGUCUCCAGGAACUCUGACUCAACUUUCCUGGAUCAUAGUGUUUUCCCCGACGCGAGCGCACCGUCGCUGGCUCGGCCGCACUGACCCCGCGGGCAGCACCAUCGCGCGGCCUGGACGGAGCCCGCCCGGCACAGGGCCUCCGCAAUGGGGCCCGUCCGGCCUCCUGCAUGCAGGUCACUGGGUGCAACAAGCUCUCGGCCGGGGCCACGAAAACCGCAAAGUCACCCCCAGAAGCACGAGAGAGGAGACACGCAGCUCAGGGGCAGGAAGACGGCUCUUCUGGAAGUGAGGGGAGCACCGCUCCCGCGGCUCCGCGCACGUCCAUCUGCAGUGCCCUCGCUGGCCCCCCAGUGCCGAUGGCGCGGACAAGCGGGGCCUCGCGAGCAGGCGGGCUCACAGAGACAGGACCUGGGAAUAUUGGGAGGGGCCACGUCUGCACCCUCCCCUCACCUGGCUGGCCCUCCAGCCACUCGGUGGUGAGCGACCUUCUGUGUUUCCCUCUCGGCCAGUCAUCAACCUCUGCCUUCUGGGGAGGGCCUCUGCAUCCUGCUUGAGCACUGCCCACACCGAGGCCGCAAAGUGCCCGAGACCCAGGAAGAGGGCAGUGGGCGGGAGGCGCAGUGCAUAUCGCCAGGUGGCCGACACGUGACCGGGUCAGUGUGGGGCUGGGCCUGCACAGGUUUGGGGUAAUCUGAAGUCGAUGGGACCCUAACUCAAAAAAGGCAAAAUCAUUUUGAUAACAUUAGAAACAUACUUAUUUAGAAUGUGAAGGAAAAAAAUCACAAGAAAUCAAACAUGAAAAAAAUCAAGAAAUGGCACAAAACACCACAAGAUCUAGAGAAAGACAACUGUUACUCGUAAGUGCCUGCCACCCCACUGUGGUUCUUCAUCAUCCACGGUUUAGAAGUGUCUGGGGCUGCGCUGACAGCUUACGGGAGCUCAGUUGUCCAACCAGGGAUUGAGCCCAGGCCCUGGGCAGGGAAAGCUCUGCAUCCUAACCCCUGGACCACCAGGGAGUUCCCUCAGCUGCAUUUUCUUAUUGUCUCUCUUUACAACAGUAUCAUAGUCCAGGGAGAAAAGAGAGAGAGAAUUUAGUCCCUCUGGCAUAACUGAUCAGAAAACGGUGAGGGCCACUUUGGGGGCUUAUUUGCAUACUUAUUUUUGGUUGCGCUGGUGUUUGUGCUGUGCUCUGGCUUUCCUGGUUUUGAGGAGCAGGGGACACUCUCUAGCCACAGCGGGGGAUCAGUUGUUGUGCAGUAGGGCUCGAGCAGCUCUGGAGCUCUGGGUUAGGAGUCGCGGCCCACAGGCUUCAGUCGCUCCGAGGCACGCGUCUUCCAGACAAGGGCUCGAACCUGGAUCCCUGCGUUGGCAGGUGGAUCCUUAUCCACUGUACCACCAGGGGAGUCCUGUGGCUGCUAUUUCACAAGAGUUUUCCUUGACGAGUCAUUACUGAUUGUAUCAUAUGAACAGUUAAGACUGCUGAAACACCUGGAGAGAACUUUGUCAACUUCUCUCAUCUGUAAGCUGUGUCCUUUCUUGGGUUGUGACUAAUCUAAAUGCCCCCGCAGAUCUGACGGAGCUCCUUACAUUAUGUCCUUGUCGCUGGCAGUCAGGGACCUCGGUAUCUUGUGGAUGUCAGUAUUUCCUGUUAAGUCAGCUGAUGUUUAAUCCUCUCCCAAAGCUGGUGUGAUUCACGCCUUCCUGCUGGGCAGCUGCGAUAGGAGUUCCUGGAAGCUGUUUUCUACUCCAGGAUGUCUGGCCGUGACUUCCCAAGCAAGUGGCUUCCCCACUGACCCCCAACUGAUGUUCCCAGAACCAACUUCCCCUUGGCCAGACCCCCAGAGUGCCCUCCAGGACCACUCCAGCCAGAGGGAAGUGUGACGGGGCACCCGAGAGAGUGUGGGAACCACCGUGGUCACGUUGUCUUCAUUUAGCAAGUUUUAAAAAAAAUUUUUUAUUGAAGGAUAAUUGCUUUAUAGAGUUUUGUUUUCUGUCAAACCUCAGCAUGAAUCAGCCAUAGGUAUACCUAUAUCCCCUCCCUCUUGAACUCCCCUCCCAUUUCCCUCCCCAUCCCACCCCUCUGGGUUGAUACAGAGCCUCUGAGUUUCCUGAGCCAUACAGCAAAUUCCCAUUGGCUGUCUACUUUACAUAUGGCAUUUAGCGAAUUUUACAAAGCCUCGUGGGCAUGUGGCCGAGGCCCUGUGUGAACCCAGGCUGCUGCAUGGACCUUCCCUGGUGCCUCUGUCCCUCCUUGCCCAGUGCCACGCAGUUCCAUUGCUCCCGUGUCAUGGUCCAGUCUCGUGUUCAGGCUGUGGGCAGCUCCGCAUUCCCGCCCAGUGACUGAGCCCUGUUCUCGGCAUUCUGGAGCCCGAGGCCCCCUCCUCCAUCGUCAGAGCCUCAGCACGACAUCUCUGUUCGAAAAUUUGUGCCCAGGGUUUGUUUUAAUCACAUGUGGUAAAGUGAGGGAGACACUGCCUCUGGACGAAGAAUUUAUUAUUUACAUUGCUUGAGAGAAGGGGCAGCACGUCCAGAGUAGAGGUUUGGGUCAGGAGGCAGAAGUGAAGAAAGCGUGGCCCAGAGCCUUCGCAGGGGGUUGGCAGGAAGGAGUGGUGAGCAGCACAGGACCACGGAGGAAACUCAGGACUGGGCAGAUUGAAUGAUUCGGGCAGGCCUGAGCGCCGGGGCAGCCCCUGGUUGUCCACUGUCAGCCUGGGGGUGAUUGGGGGGCAUAAUGAGGCACCGCAUGAGUGCAGGUGAAGGGCCGACUGGGGUGAGGGCUCUGGACCCAUCUGGGAAGGGGGUGCAGUCCUGGGGGGGUAGCCUCUCCAGGAUCAAGGCCCCAGAGGCCAGAGCACCAAGAACACAGGGAAAGUGAGACAAAGUUGCUCAGUGCGGCCGACUCUGAGACCUGUGGGGGUUCUCCGGGCCAGAACCCUGGAGUGGGGAUCAGUCGUGUCCGACUCUGUGACCCGUGGGGGUUCUCCAGGCCAGAAUCCUGGAGUGGGGAUCAGUCGUGUCCGACUCUGCGACCCGUGGGGGUUCUCCAGGCCAGAAUCCUGGUUCCCUUCUCCAGGAAAGAACACAUGAAAUGAGCAAAAAUCGUCAAUACAGUCAGAGAUUGAUGGGGGCAGAUAAAAGCAAACCGUUCUUAGCUGCUUAGAGAUAGAGGCCAGGGCUCAUUUAAGAGAGAAAACAGACUUUUGUUUAAGAGAAAGAAGAAGAGAAAGACUGCUGGUGCCGCUGGCAGGGCCCCUGGCCCUCUCUCCAGCCAGAGACAGGGACAAGAAUCCUAACAGAAAAACGAAUGAAUAAAUAAAUGAAGAAGGAGAAAA